AUGCCGGCGCCAGUGGCCAAACCUUCGCAGGCACCUCCGGCGCAACCAGCUGCACCCCCCAAGGCGCCUCCGGCUCAGCUCGCCCCAGUUUCCCAGGAGUCCUUCUCGCCUCCUGCAGUGACAACUCCGGAGGACGAUGAUGCUCUCGAGAGAACUCUUGCCGAGAAGGAGGAGAGCACGCGCCUGGAGGAGGAGAAGCUGCGGAGGGAGGCGUCCAGACUCAAGGUGCCCUUCCCGCCUUCCAAGGCGCGGCCGCAGGAGAAGGCGAAGCGCCAGGAAGCCCUUGAGGUGCGCCAAAGAGCCCUGGAACUGGGCCGCGCCAGGCUCCUGGCAAAGGCGGCAGCGCCCUUGGUGCUGGGCCCGUCAGACCGGCAGCUCCAACAGGAGCAUGAUCGGCGGGCGCGCGUGCAGGAGCUCCGCAGAUCUGGGCAGGAGCGCCGUGCGGUGGAGAAGGCUGAGAAGCAGAAGGAUGACGACCACCGCCGGCAGCAGCGCAAGGCCGAGAAGCUGGUUCAGCAGACGAUCAAGUACUGCAAGGACCUCUUGCAGUCCAAGGUGGAAAAGAAGAAGGAGGUCGCAUGCAACAACAUCCCAGACGGUGCGCAGAUCCUUCUGCGCAAGGAAGAUCGAGACGAGGAGUUCUACUGCCCUCCUAUCAAGGCCAAAUCUGGCAACAAGGGCAAGAGCAAGAACAAAGGUAGCGAUCCACGGCCCGAGAAACUCACCCACAGUGCCUCGAUCAUGCGCCUCUUUCAUCAGCUGAACAUCGAUGCACCGCUCUCCAUGGAUCAGGUGCCAGGUUUGCUGGACGAGUUGGAGAAGCGACUUGCCGAGUUGCAGUCGGAAUGA